GAGAUUCCCAAGAAGGCUUGUGAUCAAUUAUUUAUAUAUAUUGAAAUUAUUAUUGCCAUCAAUUCCCUAAUUUUGUUAUAAAAUAUAUAAUUAAAGCUGUGAAUGUAUCAUGGGAAAUGAGACUGAACAAUUGUCGUUGCCAUCAACGUUUGAGAAGACAAAAACAAUUGCCGGUUUUGAUCUGAUCGCAGAAAGAGACAAUGUAAAUCGGCAAGAGUCUGGUAUUGGAUUUCAUUCUUCAAUUGUUGUUGGCCCGCCAUACGAUAUUUCCCAUCUGUUUCGUUUCAGAAAUCGCGUUCAGCGUUUAUCCCUAUAUUGACGAUCGAUCCAACGGUGUCAAUCAAUUAGCCUACAGCGUCAUCAAUUCUCUUUGAUUCAGGCUCAGCUUGUUGCUUUACAUUGCGAGUCGUGAGCAGUGAUAGUAAGAAUCCAAAUGGAUACGAAGAAAAAUUUUGGCAAGAGAUUUGAAGAGAAGGUGGCGAUUGUCACAGCUUCCACUCAGGGCAUAGGCUUUGCAAUAGCCCAGCGACUCGGCUGGGAAGGCGCCGCCGUUGUCAUCUCUUCUCGCAAGCAGAAAAAUGUAGAUGAGGCUGUUGAGAAACUUAAAGCUCAGGGUAUCCAAGUGUUAGGUGUUGUUUGUCAUGUCUCAAAUGCAGAACAAAGAAAGAAUCUCAUUGAGAAGACAGUUGAGAAAUAUGGAAAAAUAGAUGUGGUUGUAUCCAAUGCCGCUGCAAAUCCAUCUGCUGAAUCUAUUUUGGAGACUCAAGAAUCUGUCCUUGACAAGCUUUGGGAAAUCAAUGUCAAAGCCUCUAUCCUUCUUUUGAAGGAUGCUGCUCCUCAUAUGCAGAAGGGUUCUUCAGUCAUUUUGAUUUCCUCAAUCGGUGGUUACAAUCCUCAUGCUUCCAUGGCUAUAUAUGGGGUGACAAAGACAGCUCUUCUUGGGCUUACUAAGGCCCUUGCAGCUGAAAUGGCACCUGAUACUCGUGUAAAUUGUAUUGCUCCUGGGUUUGUACCAACACAUUUUGCCGAUUUCAUCACAAAAAGUGACGCCAUGAGGAAGUCCAUUGAGCAAAAUACGUUGCUUAACAGGCUUGGUACCACAGAAGACAUGGCUUCUGCAACUGCCUUUUUGGCAUCCGAUGAUGCUUCUUAUAUAACAGGAGAAACUUUGGUCGUGGCUGGUGGGAUGCCGUCUAGACUAUAGCCCCGUCUCUUUAAACUAGCCUUGUAUCCCUUCAUUUUUAUUUUAUUUUUUUAACUUCUUGUUCCCUCCGAGGAAAGGACUAAUGUUUUGAAUCUUGGCAACUUCAUUAACUAUGUCAUUAAGUCUAAUUCCGCUUUCAUAAAAUGAUUUAAUUAUUAUAAUUUUUAUAAAUUCAGAUGUUCAACAA